UGAGUUAUUUCCCGUUGUGCUUUGAUCUUUUAGAGAAGAGAUUCAUUUCGCCACAGUCCUGCUUACUGAUAAAAACCUCUUUGAUUAGUAAUAAUAAUCAGCUUAAAUAUGACUGAUCCAGACAUUGAACAAUUCUGCUAUGAUAUGCCUAAAAUCGAACUCCAUGCUCAUCUCAACACCAGUUUCAGCCAGCAAACACUGCAGGCUCUUGUGGCAAGGAAGGCAGUACACAACAGUGAAUGUCUUCAGUGGCAAAUGAGCCUUGAUGAUUUUAAAGAGAUGGAUGAUUCCUUUAACAUCUUUAAAUGUAUUCACCAGGUUGUCAAUGAUGAAGAAGCAGUUUACAAGCUUACCUAUGAUGUGAUUCACGAGUUUGCUGAAGACAACGUCAAGUAUCUUGAACUGCGGUCAACACCUAAAGAUAUUCCCAGCACAGGAAUGACAAGAGACCUGUAUGUACGCACAAUGCUGAGAGCUGUACAUGACUGCCACUUAGAAAAUGUGGACAUCAUGGUCUAUAUCCUACUGUCUAUAGAUCGACGAAACAGUGUAGAAAUUGCACAGUUAACAGUUGAUCUUGCAGAAAAGUUCUAUAAGGAGACAGGUGUUGUGGUUGGCCUCGAUUUCAGUGGACAUCCAGGUAUUGGUAAUGCAGCAGAUUUCAUCCCAGUCUUCAAAUCAGCAAAAGAAAAGGGCCUGAAAAUAUCAUGUCACUUGGCAGAGCUGGCAAUGUAUGAGGAAACUUUGGCAGUUUUGAGGCAAUCGCCACCUGAUCGCAUUGGCCAUGGCACAUUUCUCCAUCGCUAUGAUCCUGGGCAAGGGUAUGAAGAGAUAGAAGAUACAGUCAUCUCAAAACGGAUACCAAUAGAAGCCUGCAUGACAUCCAACCUUAAGACAAAUACUGUGUCUAAGUACAGUGAACACCAUUUUGACUUCUGGUUUAGGAAGAGGCAUCCUGUCAUUUUAUGCACCGAUGGUAAAGGUGUGUACAAAACGUCGUUGUCAGGGGAGUACAUUCAUGCAGCAAGAACAUUUAGUUUUUCCAAACAAGACUUGUGGCAACUGACUCUGGGCUCCAUUGAUCACAUCUUUGCCCCCGACACCAUCAAGACCUUGCUCCACAACAAGUGGCAGUUAGCGUGUCCAUGAUGGCUGCUGUAGCACUUCAUUUUGGUCCAAGUUCUUCACUCCUCUUUAUAUUGCUUAUGCAAGAGAAUUGGUUUGCCAAAUCAACUGAGAUCAGCUGUUCUUGUGGAAAUGGAGGAGGAAGGGAUUUUAUGAUUAUUGUGCUGAUUUAUUCCUUGUCUGCAACCUAACAGGGAUAUGCUGAUUUUAAUCACUGCUAAAAUUAGCGUGAAAAAUAAGUUCAGUGCCACAAUUAGUUCAUAAUAGGACAAUUAACUACAUAACAUGGGAAUGAUUUGACUUUUUGUUUUGUGACAGAAAUGUCCUUUAUUAUAGUAGUGAACCGUAAGCACAGAUUUAUAGUAGUUGUGAACUGUAACUGCACUCAGGUCUACAGAGGAAGCUAUGAGUAUUAACUUCCUUUUUGAUGUACAGCAGCAAACUGCAGAUGCAUUCAAAACGAGUGCAGACUGAGGGUAGUUAUAACUACGAAGUCACAUCUGUCAGACAAACUCAGUCAUGUACCAGCUGCACGUGUCGCUCUCUUCAUUCAGGAGUGCGUUUGCUCAUUUGGUUAAUUUUCGGCAUAUCCUGCGUGAUCACCCAUCGACCAGUGUUUUGUGCUGCAGUUUGUGUCUAGUCUCGCGAGAUUGGACUUGCUUGUGUCAAGAGUGACCAGCGCAGAUCGUGGCUUUUUCAUCCGGUGUCAGCUGUUUUCACUUGGCAAUGGCUGUUUCCGAUGGUGGAUUUUUCCAAUUGAACCCAACUUUGCAGUAAACGUAGAGAUGGAAGGACCAGUGACCCCGGCAGUGGCAAGCGGACAAGAAAUGCCGGAAAUGGCCUCCUGCACUUCCACAGAGCGUUGAGUGCGUUUGUGCGCAGGUAGCGAGGUAGUGUACACUUUCUCGCACCUCACCGGUUACAGUCGCAAACAUUUGUGUGUGUGUGGCUAAGAGGGUUCAGAUCUCUUCCUAACGCUACCUGGCAUCCGACCAAACAGCAGCACUCAGAGACCUCGACGAGAGAGAAUCGCAUCUAGCAGAUUGCCUGUAAAAUGACCGUUAACCCCACGAGCAUCGUGCAUGCAGCACUAAGGACACAAACCAUAGCUGAUCUUUCACUAGCAGUGAUACCUGUGUGACGAUAGCAGCUUCACCAGUUGCUUAGCCACUAAAAUAUUUAAGCAUUUUCAGCAGCGGCGUUAUGAGGUCAUAUGAAAGUCUGUCAGCAUGUUUUUUUUCUGACCGAGAGAGAGAUAUCUUGGGUCAUAUCUCUCAAGCGUUAGUCGUCCCUAAAACAUAAGAUGUUUGUUAAUAGGGUAAGUCGCACCUAAAAUGUCCAGCUAUCUAUAGCGCUAACUAGCCUCUUAGUGGUCCUUUAAAGCUGAGCACCUGUAUGUGACAGCAAGUCCAAGAUGAUGUAUUGUAGGAAGCCAUCGCAUAAUCUAAAUACAUGUACAUAACUGAUUGCUUGCUGUCGUACCUGUAGUCAGAUCCUUCGCCAUUGUACUAGUUUAUAGUAGCCAUCUUUGAAAGUCUUCUUGCUGUAUGAGCGUAACCCUCUCUUCAAAAAAUAAAAAAGCUAAUGAUGAGGAAAUUUCUUAUAAAUCGAAAAAAUAAUUACCGUUGAUUUCAGUAGCAAAAUUAUGAAUGCCUUCUUGGAUUUCAAAACAUUCAUGUUCCACAACGUAAAAUAUCCAAUAUACCUGUGAUUUGUUAACAGGUUCAUUUAAAUAUUCACUCUUUCACUCACACCCAGACAUUUCUGUUCAAUGCUAACAAGUUCCUAGCAUUCGUAAUGCGACCGACAGAAGGAACCACCGAAGACAGGUUCUUUCAUGAAUUUACAUUUCAAAUGGUGUCUUCGCGGUAUGCGUGUACGCCUGCUUGUUCUGGUACAGGUGUCUAUGUGACCUUUGGGGUAUCUAUAUGGUCUGGUGACCACAAACCACGGGCUCCACAUGGGCUUGCAAUAGCCUGGAGCGUUGUGGCGCUAACGAUGUGCAAAUGGUCAGCUCGCUGCUCGACACCCUUUCCUUGCCUUGGAGACUGCUUUACACGAGUGGCACCUUCUUCAUGCUAAAUCCCUGGAAUGUAGCCGUUACUGAACCGUUGCUUCAUACAUGGUUCGUUAACAUUCUGCAAGUGAUGAACAGGACUUAUCAUUGUUAUUGUUCUACAAGAAUAAAUACUUGAACUAUUUGACAUGAUUUGAGGCUGAAAAUAAAAGAUGUACUGAAAUGA